GCCGUACGGGUCGGGCCUCUACGCGAAGUGGCCGCGCGUAAAAUGACGUAGAGCGUCGAGCGUCGAGCGUCAGCGCGCGCGCUGCCGACGUGUGUGGUGAGCGGAAACGUUGCGCGGUGUGCCGUCGCGGCGCGUCGUAGCGAUCGGCGGUAGCGUACGGGAAAUUGGCCGCGGUGGCUUCGCCAAUGGAUGCCAAGGCAGUACGGGACGCCAUUUUGAUAUACGGGCGCACGUCAAGCGCUUCGCCUCUCGCAGUGAAACGCGCUCCGCGAGUCGCUGUACGCCGGUCUGCGUAGGACCCGCGCAGCCGAAUUCGGGUAUUACGCGAGCUAGCCCGGCAUCGCGAGGCGGCUGAGUGUGAUGCGUGGCGCAGCGGAUCCCGCGAGUUUCGUUGACAAGUGACAGGUGAAUCGAUCGGGGCCUACGAGAGAGAGAGAGAGAGAUAGAGAGAGGAGCACACGAGAGAGCGAGGAAGGUUCCUCAUCGUUCGUCGCCGCCUCGCGAAGCGAAGCGGAGCCGAGCCGAGCCGAGCCGAGCGGUUACCGCGGUCCGCUGUACCGUGGCGUACUGUGCCGUGUCGUGCCUGUGCUGUGCUGUAACGCGCCCCCGCGUAAGCGCGAGUCGACCGCGAGCCCGCUGCUGACUAUCUCGGUGGCGCAUUCGAAUUUUUCGUGCACGCGCCGCGAGAGCUCCGAGGAUCGCGCACGAAUCGCCGGAGAGAGCGUUACACGCCGUUACGCGGCGAGCAGGCGAUCCGAGGGCGGCGGAGGUACGGCAGAGAAAAGCCGUCGCCGCCGUCGUUGCCUUCGUCUUCGACGUUGUCGUCGUUGUCGUCUCGUUUCGCGCGCGCGAGCGAGAGAGCGAGUGAACGUACGGCCAACAAAGAGAGGAGUGCGAAAGAAGAGUGGCCGGAGGAGAAAGAGAGAGAGAGAGAGCGAGAGAAAGAGAUCGAGGAAGAGUGAGACGGAGAGAGUAGCGAAGAGGCCACCGGCCGACUUGAGAGCAGGACAAGGCGACCCGAUGUCGGGAGCGGGUCACGACCCCGUGUCGACCUGUGGUCGUCCUCGUCCUCGUGCGUCGUCGUACGCCGUAACAGCAACGACGGUAGCAGUAGAACGCUCCUCGCGUAAAUGUGCCCCCGUGCGCGCCCAUGUGCUGCACCUCCUUCUACUUCUCUGCCCGCUGCCCCUGCGUGCCCUGUAAAUCCAGAGCACCACACCACCCCGAUUAGCACGCCCGCACUCGUGCGCACUCGUACCCGCGAACAUGGCCAAGAUCCUCAACAAGGACCCCGUCACGUACGAGAAGGAGCGGGAGAACUUCCUCAAGGACCUCCGACACUUCCACGAGACGCGAGGGACUCUCUUCAAAAAGUCUCCGAAAAUCAAUGGGAAGGAUAUAGAUCUGUAUCUCCUCUAUGUGGUCGUGACUGCUCAUGGAGGAUGGAUUAAGGUCAAUACCAGAAAUGAAUGGGCGUCGUUGUGUGAACAGUUUCAUCUGCCCAGCGGUUGUAUCAAUAGCGGGGUCGGCCUUAAACAAAUUUAUCUUCGGUAUCUGGACAGAUACGAAAAGGUCCACUUUCUAGGCGAGGAUGGACAGACGGCUGACGACGACGAUGAGGACUCCAGACACCGGAAAUGGUCGGCUAGGGCACUUCACUCUGUUCCUCUUACUUAUAAUCAUCAUCAGCACAACAUUGCAGAGUCUCUGCGCGAUUACAACGGGCUUUCGUCGGAUCUUUACAAGCCUUCGAAUUACGACAAGCUUGCACUGUCACUCCUAUCACCGUUACCGAACGAGCAGGACUUUGCCAUUAAUGUUUGCACUCUCCUAUCAAACGAGGGCAAGCAUACCCUACGGCUCGACAAGUAUCCUCGGCUAGUGAACAUCCUUCUAGCGCACGCCGGCGUCUUCGACUCGCCUGGCACACGGCAACUCUUCAUCGAAGUGUACUCGCGCGUCCGUAACUACUCGAUCAACUCUUUCUGGUCGGACGUGCUCGACUGCCAGGACGUGAUAGACCUCACGAACGAGAGGACCUUUAUGAAGAAACCACCUAGCAGUUUGUCGACGUUCUCCAGGCGGAAGACCUUGGAGAAAGAGAAGCAGAGUAAGCAAGGCGCCGCUGCGGCAACGACGGAGAACGAGGAAACAACGACGCUGAUUGACGUCGAAGGGAUACUUCCGGAUUGUACACGCUUGGAUCCGCUCGCUUCGCACGCCUCGGACGAUAGUUUGAGAGAUCAGAAUCAAAAUUCCAUCAAGUUCGAGGAAGAGGACAAAGAUCUGUUUUGCGUCGGUCGAACGUUAGGUACGCAGGAUCCAUAUGGACAGCGCGUACUGCAGAUCGCAUCGAUCCUGCGAAACCUCAGCUUCACGUCGGAGAACGCGACAGUACUAGGCCACAAUCGAUGUUUCCUGCGAUUCGUACUGCUCUGCGUGAGAGCAAGGUGGAGCAAUCUGCACCAGCUCGGCUUCGAUUUGCUAGGAAACGUAGCGAACGAAAUUAUCCUGAAGGAAGCUGGCGAGAGGAUAACGGACGUCGUGUUGUCGUGUGUGGCUAAAGGAAUCGAGUCUCAAGACAGGUUUAUCGUUAUGUCCUGUCUAGAGGUGCUCAACAAGAUCAGCCAGCAGGACAGCAAUGAGGAGAUCGUCACGUUCGGUUUAGCGGAUAAUGUGUAUGAACUUAUAUGCAGAUUUCUGGCCCUGAGUGACAUAGCCCUCUUAGUAUAUACCUUAGAAUGCUUGUACGCUUUAACGUCACUGGGUGAGAGACCGUGCACGAGCGUCGCGCGGGUGCGCGGUGCCAUCGACACAUUGGUUGCCCUCGUUACCGUGGAAGCGCAGAGUUACGGGCCGAAGGCCUGUAUUCUUAUGCGAGUGGUCGAAACGGUAUCCACAGUGGCGGCACAACAGAAUACUGCAGGACAGGGCGCCGCCCCUGUCACUCCCGCCGCACCAGUCACGACGGUGACGCCCGCGUCUACCCCAUCUACCCCGGCGACAAUCACCGCGACGCCAGCACCUGCCAGUCCGGCGUCUUCACGACCUACGACUCCGGCCGCGACGUCAGCCAAGUCGACAACGCACAAAGCAGCAGAGACGGCGAACGCGAUCCAACAGCAGAACGCGCAUCAGCAGAUCAUCCAGGAGAACGAGCAAUUUGCCCUAGGUUGGGUGAAAGCGACUUUCGAACUCGUUCCCGGUGUACGAAUCGAGCAGGAAGAGUUGUACAAAAAGUAUCUCGGGUACUGCACAAAGAUUGGCAGACGGGGCGUGAUAGCGCCGCUACACUUUCCGAGAUGCGUCAGAUCCGUUUUCGGCAGUAUCGUGGGGCCGAAUCCAUUGAAGGGCGAAAAUACCGGUACGCAGUAUUACGAAGGCAUCCGAGUACGAGCCACACCCGCGCCGAUUACUUAUCCGAGCCAAACCACCGCUGCGGUCGCGACUAAUACGCCUCCAAUUCCGGCGAUCAACGCUACUCCAGUAAAGGUGCUUCCCGUUCAACAGCGUACAAUCAAGACUAUAAGUCCCGCACCCGAUAGCACGGCUGCCCCCCAGGUUGAUAGUCCCGCCGCGUCGUCCGGGACGCAAACGACGACACUCCUCACCCCCGCAUCCCCCAUCCUUAAGGCUCAGUUGUCUGCUCCGCCGAAACCCCCGUCCAACAACACCUCGAGUCAGUCCCAAAAUCCAGUGACCAAGGUUGAUUCUAAAAGUCAGGUAUCAGUAUCGCAUCCGCAUCUGAGCCAAGCGUUGCUAGCGAGCGGCUCCCAAAUGUCGCAGCAAUCACCGCAGCCGCAACCGCAGCCGCAGCAACAGUCGCAAAGUGUCCAGGUAGUCGCUAAGGAAGAUAACCGAAGUGGCACUACAUCGAGUUCCAUAAUAAAAAGCCUGUUGGCUACUAAGGUAACAGUCAGCAGCGACUGCAUGCCCAGUGCUGCUGCGACUUGUGUGUCUACCCCUACUGCCUGCGUAACAAACACUACUGCUAGCAUCGCAUCCAGCAUCAGUGCCAACCAGCUAAUAACCAGCAACCAGGUCGCCCAGCGUCAGCAACAGCAAAGGUUACUGCAGCAGCAGAUGAUGGGUGUUAUGCAACCCGCUGCACCUGCAGCCACUCCAGCCACGAUACUCCCAAAGACACCUGUGAAUACCAAGCAGAAACCGGCAAUCGCACCCAUUCCUGCCAAAAAAAUACAAAGGCUCAAUGGAGCCAAAUUCAUUCUGACUAAUAACUGCGAGAAGACUGAAGUAAACGAUAACGACAAUGUCAAUCAAAUCGUCGCGUCUACCACUACUACGGUGAUGGUGAAUUCGACCGAAAACCACAUAUCCUUCUCACCGGCGAAGGUCUGCCGUCCGCCUUUGACGACAUCGGUCAAUGUCGCCACCGCAACACCGAACAAAACGAAUCAGCGUACGACAUGCACUUCCAUCGCCGAAGACUCGGAUUCCACCAACAAUUCUUUAGCGUCGAGUAGUGGCAUCGGUGGUAGCAGGGACUGUUCCGGCGUCGGCGUCGAAGAGGAGAACAUGCUGACGAGUUUCGAGGGUAUUCUACUGAAUGGCGCGCCGGCGAGUAACAACAUGGACAUUGACGCGCAGGAGGAUGGCUCGUCCAAGGAUUCGUCGAGCGUGAGUUCGAAGGAGAAGCCGUUGCAGAGCAUGAUGCUGGUGGACCUGUUGGAGAGGAAGGUCGACAAGGAACCGAUUCUGAACGGCGUGCUCGGCAAAAAUUCGAUCAACGAGAAGGAGAUGGACCUCGUGGAGAAUCACAUCAAGAAAGUAUUGAAGGAAUCCCCCGCUGAACUGAAGAUAAAGUCCGAGGUGGAGAGUGGCAACGUUAUACAAAAUGAAGUAUCCGAGGACACUUUGAUUGAGGCGCCGCGAGGGAUCAAGAGAUCCGCCAGCGAAUCGGACGAACUGGAGAUCAAAAAACCGAAGUAUUCCAACGGCACGAUAUCACCUGAUCCGGCGGUCGAUUCGACCACGGCGGAAUCCACAGUGUCGAGUAUAAAAUCCGAGGACGAUGACAAGGACAGCGAGAAAGUGACUGUUUCCUCCACGGCGGCGAAUCUUUACGCCGCCUUAGCCGCGGACUGCAUAGAGGACGAGACGGAUCUCGACGAGCAAAUGAACGUGAACAAGGACACGAUAAAAGAAGAAGUAGUCGUGGCAGCUCCUCCUCCGCCUCCUCCUCCGCCUCCGCCACCUCUUCACGUGAAAACGGACACGACGGCGCUCCUCGUGAAGGAGGAUCCACCCGCUCUGCACAUCAAGGAAGAGCCUCACAUAUUCAUCAAUCAGAUCACUCAGAUGUCACAGCCACCGCCACAGCCGCAGCAACAGCAGCAGCAACUCAUAGUGGCGACGCCUAGGCAGAUAGUCGUGCAGCAGGCGAUUCCGUCGAACAAUCAGAUGAUCAUUCCUACUACGUCGGUUAAAGGUAGACCGCCGCCACCACAACCGCAGGUCCUGCUCCAGCAAAGCGCGGGUGGACAGUUACAGUAUGUGGUGUCGGGCGGUGUGCCCGGUCAAAAUUACGUUUUGGCACAGCCGCAGACCGCUUUGGUGCAAGGACAAGCGCAGACCGUCCUCGUGGCGCAGACGACGCAGCAACAGGGAACCGGCACCAAGACAAUUAUCAUACUGCAGCCGCAAGCUGCCACGCAGCCGACACCGCAGAAGAUGGUGGCGGUGACGCCGCAGGGCCAGCAGGUAGUCGUGACGCAAGUGCCGCGACCAAUUUUGCAGAGUCCAGCACUCGGUAACAUCCCUCCGCCCCUCGUUCCCACAUCCGCCACUAUUCCGCAAACCUCCAUUAUAGUUAACAGCUCGGUAGCGCAGACGGGCAAUCCGAGCACCGUAACCGUCACAAUCCCGGCAAUGGCCCAACAAACCCCGGUGUCGACAAGCAUGCCGUCCAGGGUGGUAACGCCCACCCCGGCAUCGACGCCGCCGCCCACGAGACCGACGACGCCACACCAGGCAGCGGCUACUCAUGGCGUGUCCGCUGCUAAGCCAUCGCCCGCUACGAAGAUCGUGAAGACAGUAAGCUCCUCGACUUCCACCGAGCCCGAGUCGAAACCCUCCACGAGUCAACAGCCGUUGCAGGAAACCAAAACCAUUACGAUCAAAAUCGAUCCCAACGCCUAUCUGUGUGAAUGGCGGGGCUGUCUUAGACAAUUUAAAACACCGCACGAGGUCUACCUUCACGUUUGCGAGGCUCACUGUCCAACUGAUGGUGAAGAGAUACUGUGUUUAUGGGCGAGUUGUGACGCGCUCAAGAGGCGCAGAUUCUCGUUAAUGACGCAUCUGUACGAUAGGCACUGUAAUGCGGACACAAUGUCGAUGAGGAGGAAACAAUUGACGGUAACGGGCAAAACUGAAGUUUCCACGUCCACUCCCGCGACUCCGCAUCAUCCCGGAUAUGCACCCAAUGCCGCAUUCCAUGCCAUCAAACGGCACGCUUUGGAGUUUGUUAAUCCGAAGGAACUGAUGCAGCAGAGGCCGACCAAGCCCGCUGCAGCCACUUCAAGCUCUUCUUCCCCCAGACCUGGGCAAAAUCCUCCACCAGAACAGGAUGACAACGAAGGUCCGGUGACCAAAAGUAUUCGCCUAACGGCAGCUCUCAUUCUUAGGAACCUAGUCAUAUAUUCAACACACGGUAGACGGCACCUUAGAGCAUACGAGCCCCAUUUGGCAGGUGUGGCGUUAAGCAAUGUCGAAUCAUCGAGGACGAUCGCACAAGUUCUGUAUGACAUGAACGACCAGAGUAGCAGUAGCCAUCAUAGGUGACCUCUUGAAUCAGGCCUCUAAAUGCUCUUCUAAUCUUGCGAGCAGCGAUCAAUUUACGUUAUUUCGAAUUAAAUGGCGUGAAGAAACGAACGUAUAAGUUUGUAAUCACUUGCUGUGCUGGUGCACACGCAUGGACACAUGCGUGUGCCGCGCGAUCCGAAGAAUUGGGAUUAAACGAUAACGGGGAUAAAUGUUCCAUAUAUAUAAAAAAAAGAAAGAGGCCUAUAAACUUACUAGGCAAGUCACUUUGCCAAUUUAGAUUAUAAUGUAAACUGUAACUAGUGAAACACGAAAAACAAAGACAGUAGUUGAAAUGACGCGGAAAGGUGAUAAUGUGUUUGUGAGAGAGGGAGAGAGAGAGGAAGGAAGCGUGAGGAAGAGCGAACGAGAGCGAGAGUGAGAGAGAGCGAGAGCGAGAGCGAGAGAGAAUACUUCAGAUUUAAUAUUAAUAUUUAUUUUCUCAACAAGAAAUGUGGAAAAGUGUUUUUAGUAAACGUGUACAAAAAUGGACGAAGAAAAUACUUUAUGGACGUUAUAAUUAAUUAUAAUCGAUAUAUUAUUAUUAAUAUUAUAUUAUUAUUCUAGUACAUUAAUUAAUUAUUAUUGUAUGUUUUUUUUCGUAAAUCACCAAGGAUUUAGAAUGUAAAGAAAAGAAACGAAAUCUUUUUAUGAAAUGUAUUUGUUAAGAAUUUAUGGUUUGCUUAUAAUUGCGUAUUGCAAUUACAUGGCUAUAUUAUUGUCUCUCUUUGUUUUCAUUAACUAAUCUAAUUAUUGUCAGAAAUUAGUAUGAUAUAACAGUACAUGCUAGCGAGUUCGUCAUUACAGCAGAACAUUCAUAUCACUGCGUAAAUGUCUAAUGACGUCUAGUUUAGAUCAGUUUUAGCUCGAUGACUCCUAGCCAUUCGACUUCUGCAAUGUGUCAGGAUACUUAGGGAAAAAUUUUUUAUCGCUCGUCAAGUAACAUGGCAUAUCGUUCGACAGGUUCAUUUACGAAAUGACUUUGUCAUUAGCGUGAUUUCCAAUCAAAGAGCACUUUACAAAAUAUCAUCCCGAAACCAGCAGAAACAUAUGAUUCGCUUAUUGACAAAUUAACGAGUUACCAAGUUAAGCAAAUUUUUUAUCGAACGAACGUCCGUUGUCACACCUGAGUUUUUAACAGGCCUAACAUUAAAUUGCGAAUAACAAUAUCGGAUUUCUCGUUUGUUUCAACUCUACCCAAAAUUUCUCAGUCGCUCUCUUUGAUAUCUAUAACUUGUACAAUUAAAAAUUGUAUAACACUCUAUUUAAUAAUUUUCUAUUUAAAUUUUCGUGGCAGCUUGGUGGAGUGAUGAAACGUAUCAUGCUUCAGACGUCUUGAUUGAACAUAACGCUUGACACGGAUUAAUGCAGCAGUAGACGUUAAUUUAUUAUAACAUUGCAUGGAAUGCAACGUUUUUGCAACGCAUAAUGACAAAGUUGUCCCUUGGCAUAAUACUCGAACAUCGUUUGACUUUAUAACUGAAUUAUACGGAACAUUAUAUAAAAAAUAAUUCUGUACGAAAGAUGCAUGGAAAAUUUCUUUUUGUAAGAAAACGAGAUCUUUUUGUAUCAUGUAACGUAUGUAAAAUCAGAAUAUCACAAGCAUCAAGGAAAUAAUUAUUUUCGUUGAAUUUUACAUCAAGCUAAAUCAAUUUAAAAAAAAACACUUCCGCCAUUUUCAUUUUAUUGGAUAGCUUAAUGUGAUCGGAUAGCUGAAUAUUUAUUUCCUUUAUAAUAAAACGAUAAAGCGUUAGAGUGACAAGUGUUUUAUGUUCUCGGACGUCACUACUGCGCGAACGGCAUAGGUUGCAUUUAUCAUUUACUGAGUUUCUUGAAACACCAGUACAUCGCAUAAAAGAGUAAGAGUAAGUCGAUCAUAUUCGCAUACAAACACAAACAAACUACACACACACAGCACACACCUAUGCAUACAUUUAAACUUAUAUAUACAAUAUACAUACUUGUUGUACAUAAUACCUGUAUUUCAUUCACGAUGUUAAAACCUCUGUGUAAAUUUCUUAAUAUCGUAAGUUUAACGCGUCUAAGAGAAACAAAGUAAAAGAUUCUUGUAUUAUAAUAGAUUGUGACAAGACAUAGAAGUUGCAAGGAAUGGAUUUUUGUAAUUAUUUAACUGGUUCGGCGAAAAAAAUACUGAGAAACGGUCUCGUCUAUAUUACACAAAACGGCCGUUUAAGGAUAGACAUAAAAGUAUGAUAAUGGAUCCUGUGCGCGAGCCUCUAUUAUGUAUUUUAUAUAUAAAUAUAUAAAAACAAGUUUA